UUGGUAAAACAUUUUCACCGGCAACUGAAAGCUGCUUUACCAUCUCGUUGGUCUGAUGUGUUCCACCUCGUGCUUCUCGGUAUUGGAUCAGCCGUUAAAGAACACUUGGGUUGUUCGUCUGCAGAAAUGGUUUUCGGUACAACAUUGAGAAUCCCUGGGCUAUUUUUCACGGCAACAUCCCCUCCGUUAUGGCCGGACACAAGCAGCUACGUUGGUGAUUUGAGGAAGGCAAUGAACAUACUGAAAUCAACUCUAUCCCCUUCAUCUCCCACAACACGCCCCAUCCCAAGAACACUGUCCUCUUGCACUCAUGUUUUCAUCAGGCACGAUGCCAUUCGUCGUCCACUCCAACACAACUGCGAUGGACCUUUCAGAAUACUCAGAGGAGAAGAAAAUGUUUUCAUCGUCGAUCGAAAUGGAAAAGAAGACGCCAUGUCUGUUGACCACAUCAAACCAGUAUUCCUCGACGCGAAGACGCCACCAAGCAACACACCCGAGGCGCAGACAACUUCCAUCCCUUCUGUCAAUGUAGAAAUGGUCUGUUUCAAACCCGAUUUUUCAAAUCUCGCUUGGUUUACCGCGCUUUCCUUUCAAUUUCGCGUAACUCGCUUCGGUUCUCAACUUCCAGGUUCCAAAAUUUCCCAGCACACCACGAGUCGACUGCACAGUACUCACGACCCACCCGUGAAAAUUCCGCUUGGAAGAAAAUAUUCGCCAAUUCCUUUCACCAAAAGGGCAGAGCUGUGGCGAGCAGCAGCAGGAAGCGGGCACUGCUUGCAGGCAGCAAGCGUGAGCGAACACGAUUCAAUCGAUUUUCGUGAAUGCGCUUCACGCAGCUACGUGCGUUCACUGAUCGAUACAAAGCGAAGCCGUGCACACAUACACACACACACACAGGAAAUAAUUACACUACUUGACUUGACUGGCGUGACGCUAAUAAACGGUCAUCUUCUCUAUCACCCCCUUGUCUUCUCUCGUCUCGGGUUGUGGCCGGCUCUAAACUACAGGGCUGUAUGGUGGUGCUAA